GUCCUUUUCGCCUCCCAGCUGUGUGCACCGUGCGGGACAAUUCAGUCGACCUCGACCCAUUUGGUUGUCAUCAUCACAUCGGAGGCCGGUUUGUGAUCAGCCCAAGAAGGCUGACUUGUUUGCUUCGUACUCUGGUCCCUCCAUAACGGGCUUCGUCCCUCUGGGGCAAAAGCGGGAGCUUGAAGGGUCCAGCAGCCCACGGAGUAGGCAAAGAGAGCGCCAUUGAUGGGCUCUGUCAACAAUUCCCACUGCGGACCAUGGAGGAUGUAAUAGCCCAUCCACUUCCCACCUCGAGUUUCACACGCGUGACUCUGCCCCGCACACGCCCGCGAAACCGGGCGGGAAUCGGAGCAGAGCCGAGUACCAUCUCUGAGUCUCCUCCUCUUUCUCGGUUUCUCUUUCGCCUCAACUCAGCGCUGCUCUUGAGAGAGCUUCUCUUUGUUUGGUGGAUUCAGUUUCCCUGUGUCUGCGUCCUCAAGAUGGGUAUAAAGGGUUUAACGAAGCUGCUCGCUGACAACGCUCCCAAGGCAAUGAAGGAGCAGAAGUUCGAGAGCUACUUUGGCCGCAAAAUCUCCAUCGAUGCAAGCAUGAGCAUCUACCAGUUCCUUAUUGUUGUGGGUCGGAGUGGUACUGAGAUGCUCACGAAUGAGGCUGGCGAGGUCACGAGCCACUUGCAAGGCAUGUUCAAUAGGACAAUUAGGCUAUUGGAAGCUGGAAUAAAGCCAGUCUAUGUUUUCGAUGGGCAACCUCCGGACCUGAAGAAGCAAGAGCUUGCAAAACGCUAUUCAAAGAGGGCGGGUGCCACAGAGGACUUGGAAGAAAUCAAGGAGAUUGGAAGUAAAGAAGACAUUGAGAAAUUCAGUAAGCGAACAGUGAAGGUUACAAAGCAGCACAACGAAGAUUGCAAAAGACUCUUAAGACUCAUGGGAGUGCCUGUUAUUGAGGCUCCUUCUGAAGCAGAGGCAGAGUGUGCUGCGCUUUGCAAAUCAGGAAAGGUGUAUGCUGUGGCUUCUGAAGACAUGGACUCCCUCACCUUUGGAGCUCCUAGAUUUCUCCGUCACUUGAUGGAUCCCAGUUCGAGAAAAGUUCCAGUCAUGGAAUUUGAAAUUGCAAAGAUUUUGGAGGAGCUAAAUCUGAACAUGGAUCAGUUCAUUGACGUGUGCAUCCUAUCUGGAUGUGAUUAUUGUGAGAGUAUUCGAGGCAUUGGUGGUCAGACUGCUUUGAAGCUCAUCCGUCAACAUGGCUCAAUAGAAAAUAUACUGGAGAACAUUAACAAAGAAAAGUAUCAAAUACCAGAUGACUGGCCAUAUAAAGAAGCUCGGAAACUUUUUAAAGAGCCCUUGGUCUUUGUGGAAAAUGAGGAACCUGAACUCAAGUGGAAUGCUCCUGAUGAGGAGGGGCUAAUUUCGUUUUUGGUGAACGAGAAUGGAUUCAACAGCGACAGGGUAACAAAGGCGAUAGAGAAGAUUAAGGCUGCCAAGAACAAGUCAUCACAAGGACGUUUAGAAUCCUUUUUCAAGCCAGCAGUCAACACAUCUGCACCAAUUAAGAGGAAGGUAUUGUUCUUUCUCAGUUGUUCUUUUUUUAUAUUCUUUCUUGUGCAUAAAUGGAAGGGCUUUCUAAUAUGAUUGCAUACUGCCAUGAUAUUUUGGCUAUGAUGAUACAGUAGAUAUAAAAGCUCUGUGCAUUCUCUUUGUUUUGGUAAGUGUAUUUUCAGCAUGUAGAGGUGACUGUAUGUGGGCUUCUGAGCAUUAUUGCUACCUUCAUCUUACUCUUGUUUUAUAUGUGGGAAACUAGCUCAAAGUUGUUGAAAUGCAGGCUUCAUCGGAUGGCUACAUGUGUUGUUCGGAGAGUAGAGAUGCAGUAUCAUUUCCAAGAUAUAUAUUUUAGCUUUUCUCUGCUUGAAAAUGAGUGGGGACAUGUAUAGUGGAUGACUAUGUUUUCGCAGCAUCCCUUGCAAUGUCGUUUUCGAAUUCGUUAGCUCUUUCAUGCUGUAAAACU